AUGACAAAACCAACAAUAGUUCUAGUACCUGGUUCCUUCGCCGUCCCAGAACUCUAUAAUCCUAUAUUCGAUGCUGUUCGCCAGAGAGGCCGCGAGAUAGGAGGUGUGCAUCUUCCGAGUGUAGGUCUCAAGCCUCGUGAGGGUCGCCCCGGCAAUCCUCCAACUAUGUAUGAUGACGCAGAACAUAUUAGCAAGGAAAUAGAGCGACUAUCAGACGAAGGCAAGGAUGUUAUUGUCAUCGGCCAUUCGUAUGGAGGAGUUCCAGUCUCCCAAUCUGGAAAGGGGCUAAGCAAGGAGGAAAGGCAGAAGCAAGGGAAAUCUGGUGGAUUGGUUCGCCUUGCUUAUCUGACGUGCUUAGUCCCAGGUCUCGGUGGUAGUGCUAGAGAUGUUCUAGCUGAUGUGCCGGAUGAGCACAAAGUGGAAAUGAAAGUCCUCGACAGUGGAUGGAUGGUGCACGACAACCCGGAAUCAACAGCUCGAAUCUGUUUUUCGCUCGGGGAUUUGGAGGAGGGAACAGCAAUCGUGAAGACAUUUCCUAUGCAUUCGGCAGUCAGCUUUGUCAAUCCCCUGACAUAUGCUCGUUUCACGGACGUUCCAUGCUCUUACCUUCUUUGCGAGCAAGAUUUAUGUAUCCCAGCAAGUGUGCAGAAAGCAGGAAUCGACAUGAUCGAGAAAGAGAGUGGGAGGAAAGUGGAUGUGACUAGCAUCUACGCUGAUCACAUUCCAAAUGUCACCUCGCCAAAGGAAACAAUUGAUUGGAUAGUAGGACUUGAUGCAUAA